AUGCCCACCCUCCUCCAAUACAUCCUCUCGCGGGACUCCUUUAGAAAAAACCGCCUACCUUCUCUCUACUCCGACUUUCCCAUCCACCGCAAAACCAACCCCGAAGGAUACGCAACCAACAUCGCAGCCUGGGAACACGCCCUAACCUCCGCCGCAAGAUAUGGCUACAUCACUCCCUCAUCAUCUCAGGGGCACCCCUCGACAAAGAAAACCAAUCAUCUAGUUCUCAGAGCCGAUGAAUCGCUGUUACGCGAGUUGGAGAUCCCGGAGUGUGGAAGGCCGGUGGCUUUGGGUGCCGUUUUUGACGAAGCCACGAGGAAUCGAACUAUGGUGCCGCUGCACCUGUAUCGGAGUAAUCCAGCUAGUUUGAAGAAACCGCAUUGGGGCAUUGAUACGUCUGUGUUGAGUCCGUGGGCUGUGAUGAGCUGGGGUAUGAAGCAGUUGAAGGGUGUAGUGGUGGGGUCUGAGGAGGCGACGCCGAGAUUGCAGGCUCAGGAGUUGGUUCUCGUGGAGAACUUGAAGGAGACUGCGGAUCGCGUUGUGAAGAAGGCUACGGGGCAUAACCCGUCCAAGACGGAUUUGGUUUACUCGAAGGAGAGCUUUGUGAAUGAGUUUGCGGGAGCUUUGGACGAGGGGAGUCUGUUGUCAGAUGCGGAUAUGGACGUGCUUUUGCUGUAUCUGUCUCGCGAUAGCGGUGCCAUUGCGUAUGAUGGCAAGGUAUGUCUAUCUGUGCUGUUUAUCCAAUACAAGACGCUAAUCGUGAUGCAGACUAUCAAGUUCAGGACCAGUGACGCUCCCAAAGAGAUCACAGAGCAGGAUACCGCUGUCGCCUCUAUCAAAACGCUCAUGGCGACUAUGACUAAACAGGUGGAGAAUUUGGAAAACAAGAUCGUCGAAUUCAAUUCGACUGCCAAAAUGGCGCUGCAGAACAAAAACCGUGUUUCUGCGCUUUCGGCUGUGCGCUCGAAGAAGCUGGCGGAGCAUAACCUAAAGCAGAGGCUGGAUACUCUGAUGCAGCUCGAGGAAGUCUAUUCCAAGAUUGAGCAGGCCACGGAUCAGGUUCAAUUCGUGAAGGUGAUGGAAGCAAGCACCGGGGCCCUUCGUGGCUUGCAUAAACAGAUCGGCGGAGCGGCGAGGGUUGAAGAUGUGGUGGAGGAGUUGCGUGACGAGAUGUCCAAGGUGGACGAGGUUGGAAACAUCAUGAACGAGGCUGGCCCGCAGAUUAAUGAGACUGAGAUCGACGACGAGCUGGAGGAAUUGGAAAGCAAGGAGCGGCAGGAGAAGGAAGAGAAGGAGGCGGAGGAGACCCGCAAGAAGCUCGCCGAACUCGACAAUCUCGAGCAGCGCGCCAAAGAAGCUGCACGUACAGCUGCAGCGGAGCAAGCUGUUGAUUCAGAGUUAGAAGAGCGGCUAUCUCGGAUGUCUGUCGAGGAAGGUCCUGGCGCCACUGCUUAA